UUUAUCAAAUAUUUAUUAUUCAAAAUAAUUAAUUGUCAUAUAUACUUUAGCCACAUUAGGUAAUUCCGUAAAUUUUAUUUAAGAAAAUAAUAAAAUACAUUAAUAAUGAAUUUAUUGUUAGUUUAAUAAAAAACUUAUUAUAUAAUUAGAUGGACUAGCAUAUUUCUCUAAUGAUUCUAAGAAUUAUCCUGACAAAGAAGUUUAAUGCUUCUAAAAUAAUACAUAGGAGAUUUUCCGUUAUUUGAGCAACCUUUUCUGUCUUUUUUUUUUGUUGAGAAAAACCUCUUCUGCUUGCAUUGACAAAUAAUGGCAGUGAUUCCGUUGUUUACGUUGCUAUUUGUUAACAUAUGAUUAAUUUAAAAUAUUAGAUUAUUUCGUGCAAAUGAGUCCCUCUAAUUACGCUUAAACUCUUCAAUAGAUGUUUAAAGUUUAAACUCUUCAAUAGAUGUUUUAAGAAAAAAAAACUCUUCAAGAAGAUACUGAUUUUCAGUGAUGAGAAACAAUCCAAUUAAUGUCUCAAAAAAACUUUGUGGUCAAUGAAUCUUUUGAAAAGUUUGUUACCGAUACAUUGAUUUAAAUCACCAUUAUUAAAAACCUCGCACCAUCUAUAUGUUGUCUUAUCAAUUCACCAACAAAUAUACGACCUGUCAUAGAACAAAGCAUGCAAUGAUGGAUCAUUACAGUAAAAGAAGAUAACAUAAAGAAAUUAAAGAAACUUAAAAGUAAGAAAUGGCCAUGUUAUGAAUCCAUCAUGCCCAUUGUUUGCCAAUUUCAACAAAGUUGGCCCUCCAAAUUUAAUAAUUCGAUGUUUAUUUUCUUAUAUAGUUAUUUAUAUAUAUAUGCAUGAUAUUAUACACAACAUCACAUUCUGUUCUUGGACCCUAAACACAACAAGAAGAAGAAAACCCCAUAUAUACGAAUUCUCUUAUUUUACCAUUUGAUUUGAUUGUUUUCUUGAAGGUAGCUGCAAGAAAUGGAUGCAAGGAAGAUUAAUCUUCACGUUUUAUUACUCUCUUUCUUACUCAUCACCGAAGUUCCAUCGAUUCUUGGGUUGAGUACAAGAGGCAAUACUAGAUCGGAGACGGAAGUACUACUACAUGGCGGAGAGUACUUCCCGGUGAUGAAGAGCAGGAAGUUGAUGGCUACAAACUUGGAAGUUGAUUAUUCAGGUGAUUAUGAUGAUGGAGCAUCAUUAGCAUCACCAUCACCACCAGUGCCUGAUUAUGAUGAUGAUAUCUAUAAAAGGCAAGGUGAUGUUCCAAGCCCCGGUAUUGGCCACUGAUAAUACGUUUUCAUGUGUAUACUGAUACACACAUAUAUACACAUUUUGCGUUAUAUAUUUAUACACACAUGUUUACUUGUUUAUAUAUGUUUUUGUCCUAAUAAUGUCGUCUCCAUAUGAUCAUUUUUUUGUGUUGCUUUUUUUAUUUUGUCAUUUUCAUUUUUUAUUGUUUUAAAAUGAUGAACUCCUAUGGAAUUUCCUUCAUUUCCUUGUGUUAAUUUGAGCUUCUUGUAUGUAUGUUAGUAUGUAUGUAAUAAUAGCGUACUCGUUAGAUAAACCUGCAUUAGUCCUUUGUAAAAAUGGUUUUGCUUACUGAAAGAUGUUACAUAAAAUGAUUACUAUUUUUUACCGUGCUUUC